AUGACCUGUGGCUUAGUACGAAUAAGGCUAGCUAGAUUCGGGAGGAAGAAUAGUCCGGUCUAUAAUAUUGUAGUGGCUAAUUCACGUAAGGCAAGAGAUGCUAAACCGAUCGAAGUACUGGGAACUUAUGUACCUAUACCUAAUCCAUUGACCAAGAGAGAGGUGAAGAGGGGAGUCGUACCCGUGAAAGACAUCAAACUGGAUUUUGAUAGAACAAAGUAUUGGAUUGGGGUAGGUGCGCAACCUAGUGAGACAGUAACUAAACUGUUACAGAAAGCCGGUAUAUUAGAUAGCGCCUGGAUUAAUGGCAAGAAUAGAAACAUGGAUAGGAAAGUUAUAUUUGAAAGAAUGGAAACUUUAGAAUGA